CACCCAUCAAACCCACACAAAAAUGAAAAAUUACAGGAAACUAAAAAUAUACUUUCAAAAUAAUAAUUGUAUUUACAGAAAAGGUGAAUCAAAACUGUGAGGAGCAAGGGCUUAUGAGGCCUAAGUUCCGGAAAAGGGAAUAGAGAAACCGGAGAAAAAGAAGUAUUAAAGUGCAAUUUUUCUGCUGAAUAUCAUAUCAUACAGAUAUGUAUCUAUCUGUGUAUAUACAAUCAAGAAAUUUCAACAAAGCUCUCUUCACUGAGACAAUUUGAAUCAUGUUAGAGGGUCCUGCUUUUCUUGUCUCAAGGGAUCUACCAAGUGCUUGUGAACAAGAAUGCAAAUGGGCUUAUAACGCCUUCUGUGUAACCGGAGUUUCAAAAGAAAAAUGUUAUCUUGAUGGUGAAGAAACAGACGGAUCCAAAAGUUCGUUAACCCCGUCCGAAAACCAUACACAGAUGGGUGAUUUAGUCAUUUCACUUUCCGAACCUGACCAAUCAGAUGACCAAAAUCAGUCGGGCCAAUCAGAUCCCACCUCAUUAAUCAACCACUUAGGUCGAGACCUCUCGAUCAACUGCCUUUUACACAGCUCGAGAUCCGAUUACGGUUCGAUCGCUUCAUUAAACCGCACUUUUCGGUCCUUAAUUCGUGGCGGUGAGCUGUAUAGGUUAAGAAGACUAAUGGGUAUUGUAGAACAUUGGGUUUAUUUCUCGUGUAACCUUUUCGAAUGGGAGGCGUUUGACCCGAUCCGCCGCAGGUGGAUGCGCCUGCCUACUAUGGACUGCAACGAAUGCUUUAUGUGUUCCGAUAAAGAAUCUUUAGCUGUCGGUACAGAGCUGCUGGUGUUUGGUAAAGAAAUAGACACACACGUAGUGUAUAAAUAUAGCAUCUUAACUAACUCAUGGUCACCGGGUUCAAAGACCAAUACACCUAGAUAUCUAUUCGGUUCCGCAAGUCUCGGCGUGUUAGCCAUUGUAGCCGGUGGGUGCGGUCCAUCUGGCAACAUCUUGAGCUCGGCUGAGCUUUACAAUUCGGAAACCGGGACUUGGGUAACGCUACCCGACAUGCAUAAACCAAGAAAAAUGUGUUCAGGGGUAUUUAUGGAAUCUAAAUUUUACGUUAUCGGUGGAAUAGGUGAAGAAAAUAACAACGAGCUGACUUGCGGGGAAGUUUAUGAUUUGGAAACCGGUUACUGGACCGAGAUUCCAAAUAUGUUUCCAGCGUUGACUGGUGGUCAAGAUGCACCUGCAACCGCUAAAGCGCCGCCUUUAUUAGCGGUUGUGAAGAAUGAGUUAUACGCAGCUUAUUAUGAGGAACAAGAAGUGAGAAAGUAUGAUAAGGGUCGGAAUGUUUGGGUCAGACUGGGGGGACUUCCCGAAAGAGCAGGCUCGAUGAACGGAUGGGGGCUUGCGUUUCGGGCUUGUGGUGAUCAGCUUAUUGUUAUUGCGGGACCACGGGUUUCCUAUGGAGGAAUGAUUGAGUUGAAUUCUUGGGUACCCGAUGAGAACCCGCCUCAAUGGAACUUGAUUGGUAGAAAGCGUUCGGGCGGUUUUGUUUAUAAUUGUGCUGUGAUGGGUUGUUGAGAUGCUAGACAUUCCUUUCUGAACUAAAUGUUGGAGAUUUUCUAUGUUUUUUUUUUUUUCAGUUGUUUAAAAUUAUAUUUGGGAUAAGGUGAUUUAGUCUUGAUGUAUGUUUCCUUUAACAUCAUCUCUAUUUACCAUCAGAUUUGAAUAAUAAAUCAUGCCAAUUUAUACUUCAUUUCCUGUGGCCCAUAAAGCAUUUGUUCUAUUUUGAAAAAGAUUCAUUGGUUUGUUGACUUCUUUUA